CACGGCGAAUUCCAUAGCUUGGCGCGGCCAUGGCAUCGUUCGGCUCCCUGAAGAACGCCAUUUUCGAAAGAGAAGAGAGAAAACAACAGUACCAGGCUCAUGUACGAGGGCUCAAUGCUUACGAUCGCCACAAGAAGUUAAUGCAUGAUUAUGUUCAUUUCUACGGGAAAAAUAAAUCUAGGGAAGAAAAUUUUCCUAUUAAGACUGAUCAAGACACCUUGAGGGAGGGCUACCGGUUCAUUCGUUCUGAAGAAGAUGACAUGGAUACAUCAUGGGAGCAGAAGCUGGUGAAGCGAUAUUAUGAUAAGCUUUUUAAAGAAUACUGCAUAGCUGAUAUGACACAAUACAAAAGUGGGAAGAUUGGUCUCAGGUGGCGUGUAGAGAAGGAAGUAAUGUCUGGCAAAGGGCAGUUCAUAUGCGGUAACAAGCAUUGUGAUGAGAAAGAUGGUUUAGCAAGCUAUGAGGUGAACUUUUCUUAUUUUGAAGCAGGAGAAAACAAACAAGCCCUUGUAAAGCUGGUAACUUGUGAGAGAUGCUCAAAGAAGCUUCACUACAAGAGAAAUAAAGAUAAGGAGAAACUGGAAAGGAUGGAGCAAGAAAUGUCCAAAAGAAAGAGGCCAAGUGAUGACAGUUCAGAUAGUGAGGAUGCGGGGAGCAGAACAAGGAGGAGAAAAGGAAAGAAGGCAUCAACAUCAUCAAGGGAUCCUAAAGCUGAUGAUAAAGAGGACUUCGAUGAAUAUCUGGAAGGAAUGUUUCCAUAAUGUUGAUGCCAUUUUUCAAAAUGUGGAUGGAUAUGGACCUCAAGGCUACACUUCCUGUCUCCACGACUAUUACUCUCAGUAUCCACUUCCUUGAAACCUUUUUGAAGACGACAAAUGCCUGUGGCUGUACGUAUGCACUUUUUUUCUGGCAAUUUAUAUCUCAACUUGAAACAUCAUGUGUGUGUGUGUUCUAAUAAUGGUUUAAUUGUAGUCUUGUCACGGUCUAUAUAACUUGUUCUGUUAAUGAGCUGUGAAGCAUGUAUUUUUGCCCAAGGCCACUAGUAGAAAGGCUCAUACUUUCCCUUGGGAAUGAAAUGGGCAAAACUGAAAAACCAACCCCACCCGACUCAAACCGAUAAAAUGAACAUUUGUUGGUCGAUUUA